GACCGAUGCCCCUUCAUCCUUCUCAUUGGCAGUGGUUGGCUCCGCCACAAGUGACAACUGGAAAGUAAACCAUAAUCUAAAACUUCUCUUAUUACUUGGCCCAGAUUCGGAUUAUCUGGUAAAUCUCUGGCUGCCAAUCCAUGCUCGUUCUUGUACUCUGGAAAUAAAACUUCCUCUCGGUUUUUACGAACUUGCUCAAAUUUUAUUGGAUCUUACUUGACUUAGGGAACUUGUGAGACUGCUCAGUCGUGACUGUCGUAGCCAAGUUGUGACCUUCAACGAACUCUUUUACAAGGUGGGCUUGGAGAAUAGCCUGGUCGACUGAACGUUUACAUUCAAUGAACUAACACUCUCGUAGAUAUUCCAUCUCGUUAUGUCAGAACUGCCACAGGAAUUGGUCGCCGACAUGGUGGAUAAACUUCACAACGAUCCGGAGGCGCUAAAAGCUUGCUCCCUUACUUGUCACGCUUUCUGCGCCAGGUCUCGGGAACAUACCUUUCUCACUAUUUCUCUUGUGAACGAGAAGCAUUGUAUCGACUUCUGCGAUGUAUGUCAGAAAUCGUUGUAUAUAUCCCGAAGCGUCGCCGUGUUACAUGUCUACACCACCAACGUCUUUCAAACGCUUCUCGAGUUUAAGCUUCUUGGGUCGUUCGUAAACCUCCAUUCCGCCACCUUUCGCUCCGUCGAAUUUGACGGACUUCCCUACCACUGCUUCUCCACUCUUUCGUCUAUCCGAAGCAUCACUCUAGCAGGGGUCACGUUUCUAGAUAUCGUUCAUUUCAGCUCCUCCUUAUCCUAUCUUACCUCAUUGAAGAGGGCGAAAAUUUACGCCAUUAGGUUGGUAGGACGGGCUGUGCCAAACUCGAACGGCGCUGUCAGGUGCCCUCGUGUCCAUGACCUGAAGCUGUCUUGCAAUCUGCGUGAUGGCCCAGUUCUAGAAGCUUUCGCUAAUGGGGAUUUAAUAUCCUUGAAAAGCUUGCGUAUUAUAUCAACCGUGUUCUGUCCGCAGAAUAUUUCACACCUUGAAAGGCUGAUGCAAACACUAUCCCUUCCAGUGCUGCGUGUCACCGGUCUCCAGCCCGCUGGUUAGUAGUUAUAUGGUAUCUAAUCACAGAGAUCUUUCUCUUAUGUAUAUAUAGAUUUAGGAAUGCGAAAUCCUCUAUCUCUGGGCAAAAUCCAUA